CAAACGAAAACAAGCUCGUCUUAAGCAAAGAGAGAAGAAAAGGUAGAAGAAAACAACAUAGCCAAAAGUAAAUCAGUGCAAAAGCAAUAAAUACGGGAAUUUUACGACGUCUUAAGGCAGCAGCAACAACAAUUUGUGUUUUGUUAAAUUUUCUAAAAAUAAAGAAGCUUCAUUUAUUUAUAACAAGAAAAAUUUACAAUAAACAAUGACAAGUGUGUGUAGGCAACAAACAAAUUACCAACAACAACAUCACUUCCAAACGCUCAACGGCAACAUAAUGUUGCUACAACAGCAAACACUGCAGCAACAACAGUCCGGCGGUUAUCAGUCAAAAAAACACCAAAGCAUCGCGCCCGCAACCAAAGUAUUAGGCAAUAGCAAUCUGCACAAUAUCCAAAUGGGUCCGGGCGCUGAUGGCUUGCUGCCGCGUAAGAAGUACACCUACAUUAAUAUGCCUUACGGCGAGCAGCUGCCGUCGGUGGCACGUCGUAAUGCGCGCGAACGCAAUCGCGUCAAGCAGGUGAAUAACGGUUUCGCCAACCUGCGUCAGCAUCUGCCGCAGACCGUGAUCAACACACUAUCCCACGGUGGCCGCGGCGCAAGCAAGAAACUCUCCAAAGUGGACACACUACGCAUAGCCGUCGAGUAUAUACGCGGUCUGCAAGAUAUGCUCGAAGAGACACAGCCAGCGAGCGCUAAGAAGCAUGUGAACACCAUGUGUGAUGAGUCCAGCAAUGAUGGCAGCAACUAUGGUUACUCGUCGAUGGGCAGUCCCAGCGAUUUGGCAUACAAUCAGCUCCAACAGUCCUAUCACUCAGAGGCUUCCGUUUCGCCAGCGCCUAGUUAUAGCGGCGAUUCUGAUAUUUCCAUUGGUGGCGCCAACUAUUUGCAACCAGUGAAAGUGGAAGUGCAACGACAACAAACGCAAGGGAUGCAUGAAGCGCUUAACUUCAAGUUCGAAUCUUUCAAUGAUUUCGAUCAUUUAACAGCAGAGGAUGAGCAACCAGAUGACGAAGAGCUCCUGGACUAUAUCUCCUCGUGGCAAGAACAGUAAGCUAUGUGGGUAUGGCAAACAAUCAAUCAGUGACUCAAAUAACCUGCGCAUAAUAAACAGUUAAAGAGAAAAGUAGAAAAUGACGGACCACAGCGACCCAGUGGCAACUCAACACUCAGUAUUGUAAAUUAUUUACAUGCCAAUUAAUUAACUACUAGUGAGCAUUGUGUGAAAAAAGUCGAAUUUUUGUUCAACUUUUUGUAAAAUUUUGUAAAUAGUGCCUU